GUGGGGGGUUAAUCAAGGUCACACGGAUGUACAGCAGAAUCCCAGCCAUGGACGGUAAAAACUCAGCAAGGCGGGAGAGUAAAGUACACCCGUGGAAAAAACAACUAACGACUGGGAAGAAGCAAUGUGACCGCUGUUGGACGGAGAGAGCAAGAGAGACGGAGGGGAGGAGGAGCAACAACAGAACUGAGGGGGGAGGAGGGAGCAGAAAGAGAUAAGAGUGUGGCAAACAGGAGAAAUAGAGGGGAAGCACAGGUUUUGAGAAAAUGCCCACCAGCUUCACCGUGGUCCCAGUGAAGGACGGCGCCAGAAAGGCAAAGAAGUGCCGUCAGGAGGAGGAUGUGGAGGACGACAAUGUGCUGAAGGAGGAGGACGAGGAGGCUGCGGGUGAUGGCGUCCCAAAGGAGAACAGUCCCUUCAUUAACAACACAGACAACGACAAAGGCAAUAACUACGAUGGCACCAACAUGGCCCUUUUUGAGGAGGAGAUUGAAAUAAAUCCCAUGGUGUCAUCCCUCCUCAACAAGCUGGCAAACUACACUAACCUCACCCAGGGGGCCCAGGAGCAUGAGGAGGCUGAUAAUGAUGAGGGGCCCAAGAAGAAAGAGGUCAAGAGCCCUCAGAUGGGGACCUUCAUGGGCGUCUACCUGCCGUGCCUCCAGAACAUUCUGGGGGUCAUCCUGUUCCUGCGGCUCACCUGGAUCGUAGGCACUGCCGGCAUCUUGGAGUCCCUGGCUAUCGUCCUCUUGUGCUGCUCCUGUACCAUGCUGACGGCCAUAUCCAUGAGUGCAAUCGCCACCAACGGCGUUGUGCCAGCUGGGGGCUCUUACUACAUGAUUUCCAGAUCUCUGGGCCCGGAGUUCGGGGGAGCUGUAGGUCUUUGUUUCUACCUGGGAACAACCUUCGCCGGCUCCAUGUACAUCCUUGGUACCAUAGAGAUUCUGCUGACUUACAUUGUGCCCAAAGCAGCCAUCUUUGUGGCCGAGAAAAAGGAAGACGAGGUGAACGCCCUGCUGAACAACAUGCGCGUCUACGGCACGUGCUGCCUCGCGCUGAUGUCCGUGGUCGUGUUUGUUGGUGUGAAGUACGUCAACAAGCUUGCACUGGUCUUCCUGGCCUGCGUCGUCCUCUCCAUCCUCGCCAUCUAUGCCGGAGUCAUCAAGACCAUCUUUGAGCCACCGGACUUCCCUGUUUGCAUGUUGGGAAAUCGCACUCUGCAAAACAACAACUUCGACAGUUGUUUAAAGACAAAGGUCAUUGACAACCUGACGGUCACAACCAAACUGUGGAGGCUGUUCUGUGACGGGCCGGAGCUCAACGCCACCUGCAACGAGUACUUUGUCCUCAACAACGUGACCGAGAUGCAGGGCAUCCCCGGACUGACCAGCAAGGUCAUUUCAGAAAACAUGUGGUCAGAGUAUGGCCCUCUGGGUAAAUUGGUGGAUGACAAGAAGCUGGAAUCAGUGGGUGUACGCGCCUCCGCCCAGGACAAGUACCUGCCCUAUGUGGUCAACGACAUCACCACCUUCUUCACGCUGCUGGUCGGCAUUUACUUCCCGUCUGUCACUGGUAUCAUGGCUGGUUCAAACCGGUCCGGUGACUUGCGGGAUGCUCAGAAGUCCAUCCCAAUCGGUACCAUAUUGGCUAUUGCCACCACCUCCUUCAUCUACGUCACCUGUGUAAUUCUGUUCGGUGCCAGCAUUGAGGGAGUUCUGCUUCGAGACAAAUUUGGUGACGCAGUGAAGGGUAACCUCGUGAUCGGCACCCUAUCGUGGCCUUCCCCCUGGGUCAUUGUGAUUGGCUCGUUCUUCUCCUGCUGCGGGGCGGGGCUGCAAAGUUUGACCGGCGCCCCCCGCCUGCUGCAGGCCAUUGCACGAGACGGCAUUGUGCCUUUCCUGCAGGUGUUCGGCCAUGGGAAAGCUAACGGAGAACCCACCUGGGCUCUGCUGCUGACGGCAGGGAUCUGUGAGAUCGGUAUCCUCAUCGCCUCCCUGGACGCCGUGGCCCCGAUUCUUUCCAUGUUUUUCCUCAUGUGCUACUUGUUUGUCAACCUGGCGUGUGCACUGCAGACCCUGUUGCGGACGCCCAACUGGAGACCCCGCUUCAAAUACUACCACUGGGCUCUGUCCUUCCUGGGAAUGAGCUUGUGUCUUGCCCUCAUGUUCAUCUGCUCCUGGUACUAUGCUAUAGUGGCCAUGGCCAUCGCUACCUGCAUCUAUAAAUACAUCGAAUACAGAGGAGCAGAGAAGGAGUGGGGGGACGGCAUCCGUGGCCUGUCGCUCAAUGCUGCGCGCUACGCCCUCAUUCGCCUUGAGGAGGCUCCACCACACACCAAGAACUGGAGGCCUCAGGUGCUGGUGCUCCUGAAUGUUGACUCGGAUCAAGGAGUCAAACACCCCCGUUUGCUGUCCCUCACCACUCAGCUGAAGGCAGGGAAAGGACUCACCAUAGUGGGGAAUGUUUUAGAGGGGACCUAUCUCACCAAAGACACAGAGGCCAGGAAGGCUGAGCAGAACAUAAAGUCGGCCAUGUCAGAGGAGCGAACAAAGGGUUUCUGCCACGUUGUGGUGUCUUCAAACCUCCGAGACGGGGUCUCCCACCUCAUCCAGUCCGCAGGGCUGGGAGGCAUGAAGCACAACACCAUCCUCAUGGCCUGGCCCGGCACCUGGAGGCAAGCCAAUGACCCGCAGUCGUGGAAGAAUUUCAUAGAGACGGUGCGGGAGUCCACAGCUGCUCAUCAUGCCUUGCUCGUGGCUAAGAACGUGGACAGCUUCCCCACCAACCUGGAGCGCUUAGGGGAGGGCACCAUUGACGUGUGGUGGGUGGUUCACGAUGGAGGCAUGCUGAUGCUGCUGCCCUUCCUCCUGCGGCAGCACAAGGUGUGGAGGAAGUGUAAGAUGCGCAUCUUCACCGUGGCCCAGAUGGAUGACAACAGCAUCCAAAUGAAGAAGGAUCUCCAGAUGUUUCUUUACCACCUGCGACUGAAUGCAGAGGUGGAGGUGGUAGAGAUGCACGAUAACGACAUCUCGGCCUUCACCUAUGAGAAGACGCUUGUGAUGGAGCAGAGGUCUCAGAUGCUUAGACAGAUGCAACUCUCCAGGACCGAGAGGGAGAGAGAGAUUCAGAGUAUCACUGACGAGUCGCGUAACUCCAUCCGGAGGAAGAACCCGGGCGCCGCCUCGAGCACGACCCGCAGCCGGUCUACCUCCGCGGCGGAAGACACACAGGAGGACGAGGCACAGCUCAUCCACGACAGAAACACGGCGUCUCACGCCGCCAUAAAUGACAAAGCCGAAGCCGGGCCCGACCGGGUUCACAUGACCUGGACCAAGGACAAGCUCUUCGCGGAGCGCAACCGCAACCGCGAAUGCAAUGCCAACGUGGCCGUCCGCGACCUGUUCAACAUGAAGCCAGAGUGGGAGAGUCUGAACCAGUCAAACGUCCGCCGGAUGCACACGGCUGUCAAGCUGAACGAGAUUGUGGUCAACAAGUCGCAGGGAGCUCAGCUGGUUCUGCUGAACAUGCCCGGACCCCCCAGAAACCGAGGAGGGGACGAGAACUACAUGGAGUUCCUGGAGGUUCUCCUCGAGGGUCUAAACCGGGUCCUUCUGGUACGGGGCGGUGGCCGGGAAGUCAUCACCAUCUACUCUUAAACACAACAAACGAAAUAACUCUCAGGCCCAACCCUGCAAACGUGGGGUGUUGCCAUGGUUACCGGUCACCGGAGAUUUUUCCAGGAGAAAAGCCUAAUUUAGGUUUUUAUGAAGGGACGUGUGGGGGGGUUGUUGUAAGGCGGGACCAUCCAUGAUUGACGGGUGACUUGAAGGAUCCCCGGAUGAAGGACUCACUGAGGGUGUGCAAGCACAGUGUGUGUGUGUGUGUGUGUGUGUCCACGCUGGGCCACACAACCCCACCCACCACAUGUGGAAGAUAAGCAUAGACACUUUAACAUUGUUCAUUUAUCGCUGCAAAAAGAAAGUCGAUUCUGUUACAUUUUUAUGUUUUUCCCUCUUGUGUCAACAUCGCUCCCCUGAAGACCGCCAGGGAGUGAAUAUGUGUGCCGCUGUGAUGUGGUGACCCUUUUGUGUUGCACUUUGGACGCUGCAGAGAUGUUCAGGAGAAACGUCCUGAGAGUAAGCAUGCCGAGAGAAGACCAGGGAGGUGUCUGCAGAUCGGCUUUAUUGAAUACUGGAUCAGAUGCACUUUGGUGUCCCGUAUCACUGCCUGCGCUCCGUGCUUUCAUUUGGAAUGAAGUUUAAUCUGUUGUAGGACAGGGGUCACGCGUUUAGUUUUGAGGUCGUCCCUGUCGUAGCCGCAGUGUCCCGUGCUAGUCGGCCUCCACCCACCGGGAGGACGUGCGCCACAUGUUGUAGCACCCUGUGCUCCAGAUGUGGGGUUUAUUAAAACACUAAUUGAAUAGUGUAUAUACUCUAUGACCCUUUGUCAGCUUUACACAAUGACAUAUUAAACGCACAUGUAUACAUAUUCUCUGUGACUGAAGUAGGUGGGACAUUUUUGGACAUCCCAGGGCUGUUUAACAGCAUGCAGUAGCUUCAUGACGAAGCAGAGUGGCUCAUGUCAAACCUGCCCUCAGAAGUGUCAUCAUUUAGCAAAGUUUAAAACGUAAAGGGACCCAAUGACUGGUGCAACUUUGCAACAGCAUUGUUGACUUUGCACUGUGCACUCUCGCCCUGUAGUGACGCUUCCUACCAGGUCACACCAAACUGCUGGCAUGAGACGGGGAAGUCGUUAUGAAAACUCAUCAGCACCAAACUUUGAGUCCCAGUCUGAGUGGCUUCAUUGGAAUGAGCAUGUGUAGGAGAGAAAGUGCCAAAAUGACUGUUCCAGUGAUCCGUCUCAGCUUCAGCUGGAAAGCAAAUGAGAAGCACAGUUUUCACCUUUUAGGAAAUUAUUAAUUGAGCAAAUACAACUCUUUUUCAGAUUAGACGUGCAGUAUUUUUUAAAGCAGAAAGCGGAGAACUUCUGAUUUUCCUGUUGAAACAUCGCUGUUUGUUUUGUUUUGUUGGCUUAACUACCUAACAUACCUAGUUGUCCUGUAGUUUCUGUUUGAUUAUUGUUGACCCUCUGUUACUUUAAGUGUUCUUUUUUGUUCCUCUGGAAGGAGGCAGAGAGAUGGUGUGUGUGUGUGAGAGUGUGUGUGUGUGCGUACACACGGCAGCGAAUGUCCAGUUUUUGUGUUUUUGUUACUACCUGUAAGAAAGUAACACACAGGACUGAAGCUUAUCAAAUAUACCUGGUCAGAAGUUAUCAAUAUUUAAUAUAUUUAAGAUUAGAGAACUGUCCCUUGGAACUGGAGUUGGAACAAUUUUAGCUUCCUUUUUUCAGUUGUAUAUUUUAGUGGCCAAAGAUUUUAAGCAAAACUUGUAUAAAUAAAACUUGAUUCUUCUAGUUUUAAUAAUAGUUUGAAAACAUUGGAAUAAAUCAUUAGAUGGUUUUUUAUCUGAUUAAUUACUGAGCUGGAUAGAAGGGGCUGUGUGUGAAGAAAACCAUAAUCAGACCACACAGAAUAUAUCCAGAGGUUUUUGGGAGGAUGUUCAGCAGUGUGUUCCACAGCUGUAGUGUUGCAGGUGACCGAGGUGUCGCUGAGGCUGUAAACAUGGACAUAAAAAUCACGUUGCUCCAACUAACGUCACAAGUCACAAAAGGAGGAAAAAAAAAGCUGUGUGUGUUCGUUCCCGCUGUGUUUCUGCUGUUGUCGGCAGUCGGGCCUCGCGUUCUGGAACAGGAAGUCACUUGUGGGUCCACAUAUAGAGGAAUCUAGCCCUGUAAAUUGUAUUUGUGCCUCUGAGUAAUUAUUAAAAGUGCUGAUAAUAAAGCAGGACCUGUCCAAGUCUU